AUGCCAUUGUGGCGUAAACGUGGUCGCGUUGCAUAUUUUAAUGUGGAGAAUUCAAUUCUUGCUGAAUCGGCGAAAGCAGGUUUAACAAGCACCGAGGAUAUCAGUGAAGCAAAGAGUAAUUUACGUACAGUUCAAGAUAGACAAUCGUUUCGAUUUUCUUCAUCCGGUCAACUUUUACCAUACAAGUCACCAAUGCUGUUGCAUAUAAAAGCCUCUUUAGCACCUCGUACACUGACAUCUUCAUCACCAUUUCCAUUUCUGAUGCCAAACUUUAUAUCAGAUUCUAUGGCAAUACUUGGUUAG